UAGAGUUAUCUAAUAAGCAACUAUGCUAUUAUAUAAGGAUAACAACGUGAAGAGACACAGGGAGGAGAGAAAUACAAAAGAUACAGGUAGCAGAGAGAGGAGGGGAAAAAGACGCACAGAGCAAGAAAUACAGAGAGUAAGGAGAGAAAAAAUAGAGAAGAAGGUCCAACACUCCAACUUUCACUACUGGAGAAAGAAGGAAAAGAAUUGCAGAGCCAGGUUGCGACCUAGGGUUUGUUCUUCGAGCUUCAUCAUGCUCCUGCAGCUUAGCUUCAUCUUCGAUUUCACUUUCUCUUUGUUCAAUCUUUGGAUUUGCUACAAAGAUAAGUUCAUCUCUCUCUCUAAAGACUCUUACUUCAUGUUCUUGAAGAUUACUGAGAAAUUUACAUAAAUUGAUUAGCUUCAAAGCUUUGUUAUCAUAUACAUUUUGUUCGAUUUUGAUUUGGUACAAGAUAAAGUAGUUGAUUCAUAAGAAAUUCUGAGCAUUUGAUACUUUGAAACCCUAGAAUUUUGGGGAUUUUUGUUCAGAGGUUCUAUUUGUUAUGGUUUGUGGUUUCUUCUAGAAUUUGGUUAUUGAUCGAUGAAAAAUUGGUGAAAGAAAGAAGUGUAUUUUGAUGUAUCGUCAAGAAGAAAUGAACUGUGAAGAUUUCUGAGUCUCUUUUAAGUUCUUUACAAUUCUAUGUUGCCUUGCAUCAUGGAUAACAGUACAAUGUUACAAAAUUGUCUACUGUCCAAUUUCUACAAUCUCAUUACAGUUCAGUUAGACGACUCUAACUAUGUAACCUGGAAAUUUUGGUAGUGACACUGUUAAAAGGUUGUGGUCUGAUGAGAUAUGUCGAUGGAUCAUUCCCUUGUCCUUCAGAACACGUGAUUAUGGAAGAAAAUGGGGUUGCAUCUGAUAUAGAAAAGGAGUACAUGAAUUGGGUGCUAAAUGAUUCUGCCAUUAUGUUGAAACUUGCUUCUACUCUAUCGAGUGAUGCUCUCUGCUUCAUUAUUGGAAGUAAGUCUUCUAAGGAAAUUUGGUGUCGACUUAAGGAGAAAUAUGUUGAUGAUUCAUGGUAUAACAUAAUGAAUCUAAAAAACUCCUUAUACAACAUCCAAAAAGGCUCAGACUCUAUUGACAAGUACUUAAUUCGAGUCAAGUCAAUAUGUGAUUAGCUUGCCACGAUGGGAGUUUAUAUGGCUGAUGAAGACAUAGUAGUCUUGGUUCUUCAUGGUUUACCCUCAGAGCUUGCUACCAUAAAAACUGCAAUAAGAAUCAAAACACUAAGCUCCUCUGUUUCAAUGAAAGAAUUACGAUCUCUUUUGUUGAUCGCUGAAGAUGAGAUUGAACAUACUGUGAAGUCUAUUUCUGAGAGGUUCAGGAAUGAAAUGAUGGCACAUGGUGAUAGUUUCAAAAGGACAUGUGACAUUAAUGCUGCUGAUAGCUCUGUAUCAGGAAAAGUGGAAUGUAGAGAAACUGAAUCUUAUGGGAUAGAAUCUAGGAAGAUUAACGUAGACAUGCAGGUUAUGCGAGGAUUGAGCCCGGGUUCUGAUAAUAUGUGUGAAAAAGUUGAACAUUGUGUGAUUGAAAAUGUUUUGAGACAAUCUUCAGUGGGGUCAAAGACCAGAACUUCUGGAUCUGAACUUUUGCUUGGUGAUUAUGAAGCUUCUUCAAACAGAACUACAGAAGCAACUAAGGGCUGCACAAUAAGAAAGCAUAUUAAUGAUUGCUUUGAUGGUCGUAAUGGCAAAGAUCCUGUCAAAGUUGAUAGAUCAAUAACAUCUGACACCGUCAUUAAUAGAACCUAUUAUGCCACUGUAUCUAUUCCUAAAAAGGACUCUACAUAUGCUGCAAAUACUAUUCUGUAAAAUGGGAAUUGCAUUAUGCAAUCUGUGUCAAGCAAUGAUCUCAUGUUCAAACAAUGCACAUCUCCAAUAUGUGAUGACAAUUGCCCUGGUGGUAGGGACUCAAUUGUAGUAAAUGGAGCUCUAAACAAUACUACACCUUCAAGAGUUUGUACUCAAUGUUUGGAGAGCAGGCCUCAACUUUUGAACUCAAAGAAAGACCAAUCUUUUGAUUGUUCCACUGAUGGUAAAGCUGAUCUUGGGAAUAAUCAAUGUACUGCUAAUGGUUCUCUAGAUCUUAGGAACCAUGUUGGUGGUAAAAUUCUUUGUCCACAAGAAGGGACGUAUGCACUACUUGGAAGAGCUUCUUUUCUUGGAAGUUCAAUGCGAAUGAUGGUAUCUCUAUGUGUUAUUAUGGUUGAAAUAAAUAAUCUGAAAUUUUUGCCUCUCAUCAUGCUACUUCCUCUUAUUUCAAAGGCUGUUGGUAAUGCAUUCAAUGAAGGCUUGUAUGAAGGCUUCCUUGUGAUUGAUUAUUCUAGAAAUGGAGAAACACUUGUCCUUGGACUAUUAUUUCUUAGUCACUUGUUGGUACUUUUGCAGAACUUCAAGUUAGUGGACUGGCCUAUCAGCAUUGUUUUGGCUGCUGGUGCAUUGAAAAUAUAUGCUGAGAUAUUCAAUUUCUUGAUACAAGUGAAACUUGCUCUGUUUUCAUUGUGGUGCCAAUUGAAGAUGAAGGAUCUGUUCCACUUGAUUAGUUGGAAUAAUCAUUCUAAGCAACAUGAAAAGGAAGUAAGCCAUUUUAAUGCAAUAGUGAAAAUGAGGCAUCAGGUCAAUCACUUUGUAUCUACAUUACAACAAUAUGGGGAGUCACAGCUAUCACAUGUAUCAUGGUGCAGGUUUCUAUACUCAAGCACAAGGUCAAAUAUAUGAUGGAUCUUACUCUUUCAUCUGCUGCAAUCUGAUGCUAGGUUCCCUCCCAUCAGCUUGAAGGGGGAUGUUAAGGGCAAAAUGGGUAAAUGACCCCAAGUCAAGUCAAUAGGAUAUAUAGUUGCAAAACCCAAACAAACUGUAAUUUUUUCAUCAUCACCGAUAUAUACAAAAUUGCUCUCUUUUUGGGUUUUUCCUCAUCUUCUUCAAGCUUUCUUAUACUUCUAACACCCUGGACGUCGACAACAAGUUAUUGUGCCGGUGAAAUAAAUAAUAACGGUCCAGUGGUCAAUCGUUCUACAUCACUUGAUCUUGGUCAUUGUUGUCAUUGAUACAACCAACACCGCGAUCAUCCUUUAAAGCUAAUGGUGACGGAGAAGCUGCAGCGGUGAAAGAAUAUCUUCAACUUGUCGUAAAGAAAAGCAAAAUGGUUUUGAUCGCAUAAGCCACAAGAAGAAAAGCAAAGCCUCUGAAGCAAAUCAUAAUUGCUGAUUUACACAUUGAUUGAUAUUUAAUUAAUGUUAUAAUAAGGCAAGCUUAAUAAUUGAUUCAACGGUGAUUAAAGUUCAAACUUUAAACAUGCAGCAAGAAGACAAGGGGCUUUACACAUAGAGUCUUCAAAUAUGCAUUGCAUGAUUAUCAAUUGCAAACGGUGGUCAAAUGGGAGUGAUGAACAAGAAGACAAAAGACCAAGUUUGAUUGUUCAAAUAUGCAAAUAUGUGUGCAGAAACAUGCCAUGUCAAAAAGAAAGCAAAGUAUAAUUAAUCAAAUAACCACUGCAAGUGGUCUAGUGGUUCUUGCCUAGUUGGGUGUGCUCCCUAACCUAGGUUCGAACCCCGAAGCU